AGCUCUGACUAAUUUCCAGAAUGAAUGUAUAGAUAGGGAGCAGACUAGGCGCUUGGAGAUGACCCAGGACAAUGGGAAAGGAUGGUGGUCAAUGUUGUGCUGGGAUUGUGUUGGCCACCCGGAAGCCUUUAGGAUCUAUUAUGCCAUCCACUUCGGUUUCCAAGUGUCCAACAAUGAAGCUGAAUAUGAAGCAUUGAUUAACGGGUUACGGGUAGCCCGGGAACUUGGAGCGACAAAGAUACAAAUCUUCAGUGAUUCAAAUGUUGUUGUCGGACAGAUCAAUGGAGAAUUCGUGGCUAAGGAAGGAAGGAUGAAGAAGUACAAAGAUCAUGCCUUGGAAAUGAUGAGUGGGAUCGAGUACCAGCUUCAGUACACUCCUCGGGAAUCCAACACUAAAGCUGAUGUAUUGUCGAAACUAAGCGAUGAAUCCCCUGAAUACAUCAGCAAGUUGGUCACUAUGGAAGAGAUAGAGAACCCGAGCUUGACCAAGGAGGUGGUCGCUUGGGUAGCUACGAAUGUGACCGAAUAAAUGGAUAAACUAGCUAAGUACAAUGAAGACGGGGAGCUCCCAAAGGAUCCACAGAAGCCCAAGCUCUUGAGAGUGCGGGCACUGAGUUAUGUGGUA